AUGACGACCAGCUCGCACAUCACACGACUCGCACGCCGCGGGCUGCAGACGGCGACGCACGCCACCCCGCCGCCGCCACCGCCGAUGAUGAGCAUGGCUGCGCUGGCGCCCAAGCGCAAGCCGCGCGCCGAGGGCGAUAUCGGCUCAGUCUUCGCCUCCCUCAGCGGCGAGGAGGCCGCGGUCCUCCCACCGCGCUUUAGGGACCUGAAGCGGCAGAUCAUCAACGACGCGGACCGCGCCGCGCUGACGGCGUCUUGGGGCCGGCUGACGGCGCGGCUCGCGCAGGCAGCCGACGAGAUUGAAACGGCCAAGCAGGAUGCCGUGCCCACCGUCGCAUACGACGACCUCAUCAACGCCGACAGCGGCACCAUCGCGCGCAUCAAGCGCGCCGGCGCGCUCGUCCUCACGGGCGUCGUGCCGCGCCCCGAGGCCGAGGGCUGGCUUCGCCAGGUUGAGGAGUAUGUCGCGGCGAACCCGCAGGUCAAGGGGUUCCCAGCGGAUGACAAGCAGGUGUUUGAGGUAUACUGGUCCAAGCCGCAGCUCGCAGCCCGCGCACACCCGCGCAGCGUCGCCGCCCAGCGCGCCCUGCUGUCCCUCUUCGCGUCGUCCCCCGCCUCGUCCGUAUCCCUCGCCUCGCCGCUCAUGUACGCGGACCGCCUGCGCGUCCGGCACCCGGGCGACUCGCGCUUCGCGCUCGGGCCGCACAUGGACGGGGGGAGCAUUGAGCGGUGGGAGGACCCGACGUACCGCUCCGUGUAUGCCGCGAUCCUGCAGGGGCAGUGGGAGGCGUUUGACGCGUUCGAGAUCGAGGCGCGCAGCGCCGCAAACCAGAACCUGUACGACGGCGCCGGCGCGUGCGGCAUCUUCCGCGCGUUCCAGGGCUGGACUAGCCUUUCCGACACUGGCCCCGGGGAGGGGACACUGCGCGUGUACCCCCUCAUUAAGGAGGAGACGGCGUACACCCUCCUCCGGCCGCUGUUCCGCGAGCUCAAGAGCAAAGCGGAAGUGGGGCACGAGGCGUACCUCGCCCCGGACAACUGGGUGCUCGAUACCGAGACGACCGACUUUCCCGGCGCGCCGCCCGCCCGCUCGCAGGAGUUCAACGACGACACGCACCCGCACCUGCAGCUCUCGCGCUCGAUGGUGUCCAUCCCGCGCGUGCGGCCGGGCGACCAGGCGUGGUGGCACGCCGACACGAUCCACGCCGUCGAGGCCGCGCACCGCGGCACCGGCCCCAGCGCAGUCAUGUAUAUCCCCACGGUGCCGCUCACGCGCGUCAACGCCGCGUACGUGCGCGACCAGCUCGAGAGCCUGCGCGACGCCGUGCCCCCGCCCGACUUUCCCGGCGGCACGGGCGAGCAGGGCUUCGUCGGCACGGGGACUGUGGGCGACGUCGUAGGCCACACGGCGCGCCAGGCAAUGGGCAUCGAGCCGUUCGAGCUUUCGCCCGACAUGCCGGCUGGCGAGCGCGCCGCGAGGGAGGACGCCAACAAGAUCUUUGGGUUUGCGUAG